UUGACUAUUUCAGUUCAUCUUUUUUCUGUCCUGAAUUUGUUUUCAAGGUUGAGAAUUUACUUUCCAAGUUCCACGCUCGUGUUACAUCACGCUUGCAAAAAGACACAAGUGGCCAGUUGAAGAAUUCGCGGUCGAGAGGUCAAAGAAGCACACCGCCAUCAACCCCAAGCACAUCAGGCCUUGGGGGACUGUUAACCCAGGCACGUGAGGAUGAAGAAGUGUGUCCCAUAUGCUUGCUGGAAAUGGUCGAAGGUGAAAGCUUAACAAGCUGUCAAGAUGGAUGCAACAACAGACUUCAUCAGCAUUGCAUGGAAAUAUGGGCUGCAGAAUGCAAAAGACAGAGAGAGGCACUGUUCUGUCCAUUGUGUCGGAAGGCGUGGUCAUCAGAGGCAUAUGGAACAGAAAGAUCUCCGAGUCGCAGUAUACGAUCUGAACUGCCAAGGGUGGCAGCACCUUUAGGGCCAGAGGAGGUCACUUUGCCGCAUUCAGACCCAGUACCAGCCCUUAAAAUGGCAAAUUUGAGCGAUUUGGUGGGUUUUGCACUGACUGUUACUACAUGUUAUAAAAAGGAGACAAGGCUGGAAAGCUCAUGUCCGACCGCUACAGCACCAAGCCGAUUUUCACCCAGAAAUUAG